UCACACUCUCUCUCUUCCGCUGCACGACACGGUCCAGCUGUCCGCUAUGCGCUCUCCAAGGUGCGACGGUGUGAUGCCCACCGGGCUCUCCAUAAAGUAACGAAAGCUCUCCAAAACACUUCUUUUUCUUUUUCUUUUUGUGUGUUACCAACAAUGGAGGGCACAAACAACACGACAGCCUGGCCUCAGUUGGAAAACACCUCCAACAAAACACCCAAAGCUGAAGACGAGGAGGUGAAGCUGAGUUACCAAGUGCUCACAUCCUUUCUGCUCGGCGCGCUCAUUCUGUGCGCAAUAUUCGGGAACGCGUGCGUGGUUGCGGCCAUCGCCUUGGAGCGGUCUCUCCAGAAUGUGGCCAACUACCUGAUCGGUUCUCUGGCUGUCACGGACCUGAUGGUGUCGGUGCUGGUGCUGCCCAUGGCGGCGCUUUACCAGGUGUUGAACCGCUGGACUCUCGGCCAGAUCCCGUGCGACAUCUUCAUCUCCCUGGAUGUGCUGUGCUGCACGUCGUCCAUCCUGCACCUGUGCGCCAUCGCGCUGGACAGAUACUGGGCCAUAACGGAGCCCAUAGAGUACAUGAAGAAGAGGACGCCGAGAAGAGCCGCCGUCCUCAUCAGCGUCACCUGGCUGGUCGGGUUCUCCAUCUCGGUGCCGCCGAUGUUGAUCAUGCGCUCCCAGCCCGGCAGCAUGGCAGAGGACAGGGCCAACCCCAAGCAGUGCAAGAUCAGGCAAGACCCCUGGUACACUAUAUACUCUACUUUCGGGGCUUUUUACAUCCCGCUGACGCUAAUGCUGGUUUUAUAUGGACGGAUAUUCAAAGCCGCCAGGUUUCGGAUCAGGAGGACUGUGCGUAAAACGGAGAAAAAGAAAGUGUCCGACUCCUGCCUGGCGUUGUCCCCCGCGCCGUUCCACAAAAAGACUCCCGGAGACGCGCAGGGCAAGAGCUGGAAAAGGAGCGUGGAGCCCCGGCCGCUUGCGAGCGUCAACGGCGCGGUGAAACACGCGGAGGACGGCGAGUCCCUGGAGAUCAUCGAAGUGCACAGCAGCGCCAGAGGCAACCUGCCGCUACCCAACACCCCCAGCGCGGUGCCGCUGUUCGAGAGCAGGCACGAGAAGGCGACGGAGGCGAAGAGGAAGAUCGCGAUGGCCCGGGAGCGCAAAACGGUGAAGACCCUGGGCAUCAUCAUGGGGACCUUCAUUCUCUGCUGGCUGCCCUUCUUCAUCGUCGCCCUGGUCAUGCCUUUCUGCCAGGAGUCGUGCUACAUGCCCCGCUGGCUGGAGGAUGUCAUCAACUGGCUGGGCUACUCCAACUCUUUACUCAACCCCAUCAUUUACGCGUACUUCAACAAAGACUUCCAGAGCGCGUUCAAGAAAAUAAUCAAGUGUCAUUUCUGCAGACCGUGA